AUGCAUUUUAAACUGCAAUCGGUUUUUUCGGCCCUUUUGUUAUCGGCAUCGGUGGUAAACUCUCAGCAUAUUGAACCGUUUCCUGAGAUUCCAAAGAACCUUGCCCUUGCAGGCUACAAAUAUGGUGACGAAAUUCCUCUUGAAUGCAUUCAGCGAAACAUGGAAACUGGUGAACAUAAAUUUGAUGAGCAAGGAAAUAUCAUUUACGCGCCAUUCCCAAAGUGCUUUGAAACGGAUUCACCUUUGACUUUAAAGUACGGUGUCGAUGAAAUAUUUAAUUGCACAAUUGACUUAGGUCAUGAAUUUUUUCAUGUAUUUCAGUUAUAUAUUCACGAGGAUGUGCCAUUUUCGUGUCGUAUUCCUUUCACAAAAAGUCAAACACAAAAUCCAGCACCUCCAGCUGAUUCGCCUGAAGCAAAAGCUGCGACAUUAUACACUUCUCUUACUUUCAAUAUUAGAGGUCGAGUUCAAGAAAGUCAUUUAGACAUUGAUCCCUUUUUAAAUGUUGCUAUGGUUGCUAAUACUUCUGCGGGAUCAAUCAUUUCAUCAAUUGGCUUUUCUUCAGGAAGUAAAGCUCAGCGAUUUAUUAUUGGUGAUUCUUUACCUUUGGCAAUGGCUGUCAGAUGGUAUCAAGGACCAAAACUGCCUACUGCUUCAGAGGCAUACUUUUCUGGUUCUGCUAUAUUUUUUUAUAGCUUUGCGACAUUUGUCUUUACUGCUGCAAUUUGUGCAUCUGUCUUUUAUUAUUAUGUUUUCCCCAAGAAACUCAAGGCAGAACUUAGAACGACCCUUCCAUUAACUAACCAGUUUUACAAUACAAAAUCAGAUUGA